AUGAAAUAUUUGUUAUUUGCCCUAAUCGCUGAAGUUAGUCUACUCUUUGAGAGUCAAAAAAAUGAAAGAAUCUUAGAUGUAAUAUACAGAGAUAUAGGAUACUCUAGGUUAUGUCUCAGAAUGGGAAAUCGAGCAAUCUCACUUGUUACAUGUUCCAAGUUCUGUCGACCUCGAGAUGACCUGCUGGGUCACUAUCGGUGUACACAGACUGGUCAGCAGGUCUGUCUGGAUGGAUGGCGUGGUGUCGACUGUACAGAAGCCCUCUGCUCUGAACGUUGUGCACCCUCCCGCGGCACCUGCACCAGCCCUCACACGUGCUCCUGUAGGCAAGGAUGGUACGGGGAACACUGUGACAAAUGCAGAACCUAUCCCGGGUGCAAACACGGGACCUGCCACCUACCAGGGCAGUGCGUUUGCCAUAAGGGAUGGGCUGGGCCAUUGUGUGAUGUUGAGGAGCUCUUCUGUUUAGAACACAAACCGUGCCAGAACGGAGGGACAUGUCUUCACGAUGCCUUCUUUAACUACACUUGUAACUGCCCCAGCGGCUUCACGGGGACACACUGUGAGGUUCCUUUGUGUCACCACAACUUCUGUCUUCAUGGAGGAUCGUGUCAGAUUGCUGAAGGAACUCGCUACUGUCUCUGUCCAGAACAAUUCACUGGACCCCGGUGUCAACACAGGUUGAUCCACAGCGUUUCGAGCCUACCCCAGUCGUCUUCUUCCUGUUCGGGUGCUUCUUGCACGCCGAAACCGCACAAACAGAGCGCAUGUCAGGAACAUCAAUGCUACAACAACGGAAAUUGUACUGAGAUCGACGAUUCUGAAAGUGUGCAAUGUCUGUGUCCGUUUCCAUUUACUGGACCCCAGUGUUUGCAAGUCCACGAUCCUUGCAAAACUAUUGACACGUUUACUGGAUCCUUUGUGUGCGAUUGCGAUUCGGGAUAUUUCGGGAAUGUGUGUGGACACGCAAUGCUAGCUUUAAAGAAAACUGUUUGUGAUGAAAAUGUGAUUUGUGAAAAUGGCGGAACUUGUGAAAAGUGGCAAAGAAGUGGCCAGUAUUUUUGUAAAUGUUUAGCAGAAUUUACUGGGGAGUUUUGCGAAUUAGAGAAGGGUGAUGGAUGCUCGUUACACACGUGUUUAAACGGCGGAACAUGCGUGAUGAACUCAAACAACGAACCGACCUGCGCUUGUGAGAAAGGCUACUCGGGUCUUUUCUGCGAGGAUUUAACUACUAGUCUCUGUUCGCGUGUGGUAUGUCAAAAUGGAGGGACAUGCCUCGAGCUCGAUGGUCAGUUUGUUUGUGCUUGCAGACGUAAGUUUGAAGGGAUCUUUUGUGAGAAGAGAGUCAGGAGGCGAGAAACUACCAUAAUUGUUGUGGGAAGUACCGCUGUUCAGAAUGAGAGGUUGAAGGUCAAAGAUGAAGGCACUUUUAAAUCUAACGGUGUUCCUAGAAAAACUAAUGUUUGGAGCAUACUUUCUGCAAGUUUACUGAUCUGGAUUAUUUACCAUGUUAUUUCCUAG